AUGUCUUAUGAAUUCUACGCUGAUGCCACACAGAAGUCAAAGAGGCGCGAUCGGCGCUGGUACCAAGAGAACUUAUUGAAAGUUCUGGAAGCGGCCAAAGAGAAACGUGUCAGAGAAAUCGACACGUCCAUAGCACUAGCCCAUGAGCUGAUAGCGAAAUUAGACGAACCAGUUAAGAAACCAGUAGAAGUUCCACUGCGAGAACUAACACCAGCCGAAGACGAUAGCUUAAUGAAACCUAUAGCACCUGAAGUUUUAGAUUUGUUUUACGGAAGCAGAGACAAAGGCGCGGCCGAGAAAUAUUUCAAGGCGAGGAACAAACAAGCACCAGAGGAGAAAUAUUUCUUUCGCAUUACAACCAACUGGGACUACGGCUGGCAACAAAAACAGUCGAGACAGCGCGCUCGUGACGUGAACUUCGGACGUUGCGCCAUUCUAAGGGACACGUUCUAUAGGAAAAGCAACCUGGCGCCCGAUCCGCCGCACUACGCGCAGCCCGCUGCCGGACAACACUCUAUCUGCAGCGAAUAUUCGUGCCAUUUUAACUGA